AUGGCGCGCACUUUGCCUUGGUCGGUUGACCGUCUUCCGGCCGCAAACAAAGCACGAAUGACUCCCGCGCCUCGUGUAAAGCGCGAGAGAGCACUCUCCCCAGCGCGCAGUGAGAAUUUGGCCGAUAAAGUACGCGCGACUGACCGCGGACGACCGCUCAAGACAGUCACUCGGACAAAUUUGAGUCGGAGAACACCUUCCUCUUCUCCUGUUCGAGGGCCUCCAACUAUAGAGCUCAUGCAAGAGGGAUACGAUGCCGACGACAACUAUAUCAUGGUGGAGGACGAGUUCCAGACAGUCGCACAGUCGUAUACUGCACAUCUGCACCACGCCGAGUACAAGAGACUGGUCAAACAAGCGCGAGAAGCAGCUCCGAAGGCUCUUCCUGAACCUACAUCCCCCAUGUCUGAGAGAACGAAGAGAUGGCUCAAAUCUGCCGCCUUGCAGAAUAAACAAAACGAGACUUUACGACGAGUCAUGGGAGAUCCGAUACUCGAAGAAGAAGAGGACGAGGACAAGGUCACCGACUUGUGGUCUGGCACCAGUCUCGCACCGCUGAUGGCAAGCAGCAGCCAGCAGAAGAGGUCUCUGGUUGGCCUGGAGGGAAUUUCGAGCAGUACAAAGGCUGGCAUGGGCCUCGCCAGAAGUCAGAGCAGCAGAAGAAGCACCAGCAGCAACCCGAAAGCGGAUGAUCGUCCUCAGCACGCAUUUUCAAGACGAGACAAUAUCAAGCCUUCAUCGACUUCUGGAGCGGUGGAGGAGCGGGAAACUCGACAGAACGAUCUGCCACCCAUGUCGACAUCUCGAAUGUCUGGCCAUAGUGUCCGAGAACACAGACACACUCCAGCACGGAACACCUCUGAUGAGCGACCUGCAAAGCGCAGGUUCGUUGUGGACCUCGAUGAUGAUUCUGGCCCACCGCCUGCGAUGUAUGACUCUCAUGACGGCGGAUGCAGAUCAAGAGCAGCACCGCAAUUAAACGGGAAGCCCUUAUCGAAGGGCAUGGCAAACAAGGAACGAGACAAGAAAUCGCGACUUGAAGAAGUGCCGAUGUUCAUAAUUUGA